GGAAGGAAGCAGCUCAUAGCGGCAACAACCGAGCAACGACGGCGGCGACCGGACAUGAACUUUAGCGAGCAGCCUACAACUUUACUCAGAGUUUAGAGAGACAGACGACGGAGGCAGCAGCAGUCGCUUCACUUCGCCUCUACUCAGUCAGGGGAAACAAGGAAGUGAGGAGCAGGCAAACUCCCAGUUGUUUUCCGCCGGGCUGACUGCGACCUGAGAUCCUUCCUGUCCACAGCAUCUUUGAAGCUAAAUGGAUGACCACAAGAUUAUAUGGUGAGCAAAUGUUGACACAUAGGACAAGGAGUUUCUAGGAUGAAAUACCCUUCCAUCUACCUCAACAGCUCUCGCUUUACACGCAAUAUACCUCAGCCUGUGUCGUGUUGAGUCCACCAACAUCAGCGACCUCAGAAGAGGCCGGCGGAUCACUUUUUGCUUCGUCAGCAGAUCUCCCCGGUAACAGCCAACCAGCUGCCGUCAACACUAGCGUCGUUAGUGGAACACCUUGGUGAGGGAGGGUCCUCCUGAAGGAGUCAUGUUUCGCCCGGGUUUGUGAUGUCCGAGCCCUGCAACGGACCCAGACCAGUUGAAGAACGGGGGCGGAUUCGUCGAGACGUGCCCCGCUUUGUGAUUGGCUGUGAAGAGGAUGAGCAAGACAUGGGCCAAAUGGAGGCUGGCAUGAAGAACGAGAUGCUUCAUCAGGACGACAUGGAGGUGUAUGAAAAUGAAUCGCCGUCAGAGCGACAGAUCGUUGUGGGCAUAUGUGCCAUGAUGAAGAAGUCCAAGUCGAAGCCCAUGACUCAGAUCCUGGAGAGACUCUGUAAAUUUGACUACAUCGAUGUCGUCAUCUUCCCUGAGGAGGUGAUCCUGGAGGAACCUGUGGAGAAAUGGCCGCUCUGCGACUGCCUCAUCUCCUUCCACUCCAAAGGUUUUCCUCUUGACAAAGCAGUGGAAUAUGCUAAGCUCAGGAAUCCAAUGCUCAUCAAUGAUCUCAAUAUGCAGUAUUUCAUUCAAGACAGGAGGGAAGUGUAUCGGAUCCUUCAGGAAGAGGGCAUCGACCUGCCUCGCUACGGCGUGUUAAACAGAGACCCUGACGAUCCUGAAGAGUGCAACCUGGUGGAGGGGGAGGACCAUGUGGAGGUGAACGGGGAGGUGUUCCCUAAGCCCUUUGUGGAGAAACCUGUGUGUGCAGAGGACCACAACGUCUACAUCUACUACCCAACGUCUGCAGGCGGAGGCAGCCAGAGGCUCUUCAGAAAGAUCGGAAGUCGCAGCAGUGUCUACUCCCCAGAGAGCAACGUGCGAAAAACUGGAUCGUACAUCUACGAGGAGUUCAUGCCAACUGAUGGCACCGAUGUGAAGGUUUACACGGUGGGCCCAGAUUACGCCCACGCCGAGGCCAGGAAGUCUCCGGCCCUGGACGGUAAGGUGGAGCGAGACAGUGAGGGCAAGGAGAUCCGCUACCCAGUCAUGCUGACCGCCAUGGAGAAACUGGUGGCCCGCAAGGUCUGCCUCGCCUUCAAGCAAACCGUGUGUGGCUUCGAUCUGCUGCGAGCCAACGGCCAUUCCUACGUCUGCGACGUGAACGGCUUCAGCUUUGUGAAAAACUCCAUGAAGUACUACGACGACUGUGCCAAAGUCCUGGGGAACAUGGUGAUGAGAGAGUUGGCCCCCCAGCUGCACAUCCCCUGGUCCAUCCCCAUGGAGGCUGAAGACAUCCCCAUCGUCCCGACAACCUCAGGAACCAUGAUGGAGCUGCGCUGUGUCAUCGCCAUCAUUCGUCAUGGAGAUCGGACCCCAAAGCAGAAGAUGAAAAUGGAGGUCCGUCAUCCUCUCUUCUUUGAGUUGUUUAAGAAGUAUGGAGGAUACAAGACGGGCAAGCUAAAGUUAAAAAAGCCCAAACAGUUGCAGGAAGUGCUGGAUAUCGCCCGCCUGCUGCUGGUCGAACUCGGUCAGCACAACGACUGCGAGAUCGAGGAGAAGAAAUCCAAACUGGAGCAACUCAAGACAGUGUUGGAAAUGGAAUCCAGCUUGAAUGUGAAUCAGUACGGACAUUUCUCUGGAAUCAACAGGAAGGUCCAGCUGACCUACCUUCGAAACGGCCAGCCUAAAGCCUCCAGCGAAGAAGAAGACUGUAAGAAGGACGGCCCAUCCCUGCUGCUGGUACUGAAGUGGGGCGGGGAGCUGACGCCCGCUGGUCGGGUUCAGGCCGAGGAGCUGGGCAGGGCCUUCCGCUGCAUGUACCCUGGAGGUCAAGCCCGUAAUCGCCGGUCCCCUGGCUGUGAGUCCCCUGUUGACUUUGGUGACUUUGCGGGGUUUCCUGGCUGCGGCCUGCUGCGUCUGCACAGCACUUACCGCCACGACCUGAAGAUUUAUGCCUCUGACGAAGGCAGGGUUCAGAUGACGGCUGCAGCGUUUGCCAAGGGCCUGCUGGCUCUGGAGGGCGAGCUGACGCCCAUCCUGGUCCAAAUGGUGAAGAGCGCCAACAUGAACGGACUCCUGGACAGCGACAGCGACUCUCUGACUGACUGCCAGCAGAAGGUGAAGGCCAGACUACAUGAGAUCAUGCAGAAGGACCAAGACUUCACUCAAGAUGACUUUCAGAAGUUGGCCCCGACCGGCAGCCCAUCCCUGGUGAACUCAAUGAAGGUCAUAGAGAAUCCAGUCAAAACCUGCGACAAGGUUUACGCGCUCAUUCAGAGCCUCACCUCGCAGAUUCGAAAGAGACUGGAGGACCCCAAAUCCGCAGAUCUGCAGCUGUACCACAGCGAGACGCUGGAGCUGAUGCUGCAGCGCUGGUCCAAGCUGGAGAGGGACUUCCGCAUGAAGAACGGCCGCUACGACAUCAGCAAGAUCCCGGACAUCUAUGACUGCAUCAAGUAUGACUCACAGCACAACGCCUCCGUCGGCCUGGAGGACACGCUGGAGCUCUUCAGGCUGUCCCGCGCUUUGGCCGACAUCGUCAUCCCACAGGAGUAUGGCAUCAAUAAAGCGGAGAAGCUGGACAUCGCUCAGGCGUACUGCGUCCCACUGAUGAAGAAGAUCUACCUGGACCUGCAGAGGACCCACGAGGACGAGGCCGUCAACAAGCUGCACCCUCUGUAUUCCCGCGGAGUGAUGUCUCCUGGUCGCCACGUUCGCACACGACUCUACUUUACGAGCGAGAGCCACGUUCACUCCCUGCUCAGCAUGUUCCGCUACGGAGGACUGCUGGAUGAGGUGAAGGACCAGCAGUGGAAGCAGGCGAUGGACUACCUGAGCGCCGUGACUGAGCUCAACUACAUGACGCAGAUCGUCAUCAUGCUGUACGAAGACAACAACAAGGACCCGUCCUCAGAGGAACGUUUCCACGUGGAGCUCCACUUCAGCCCAGGGGUCAAAGGGUGUGAGGAUGAGGAGAACGUGCCGAUGGGCUUUGGUUUCCGCCCCGCCUCAUCAGAGAAUGAGGACAAAAAGCCCAAUCAGGGUAGCCUGGAGGAUCUUUCCCAGGAUCAGACGGACGACGCUCUUCCGGUCACAGAGCUCAUCAACCUGCAGAGACGCUCUCCGAUGAUCCGCAACCGCAAGACGGGCUCCAUGGAGGUCCUCUCUGAGACGUCACCCAACCAUUCCUCCAAAGGCUGCACAUCCCACCGGCUCUUCCAGUCGUGUUCCCGCCAGUCUCCUGAGAUCAAACCAGCGGGAGGCCUAGGCUCGCUCUGCUCUGGCCUCUUCAGUGCCUCAGCCCUUGGGGUGUCCUCUAGCGCCCCCAACUUGCGGGAUUACGUCCGCACCCAGCACCACCACCACCGAAAACCGCCUCUGUCCCCCGGCAGUCUGCCGUGCAAGAUUGGCAUGUUCGAACUGCUCUCUAUGCCUGCAGUAAAGAGGUUUUCUGUGUCGUUUGCCAGGCAUCCGACCAAUGAGCCCUCAGAUGAACUCGCUGAGCUGGCGCUGCAAGGGUUUGACUCUGUCGCCUUGGACAGGUCCUUCUCCUAUCACCUGCACCACUGCCCCUACCACCUGCACCUCCUCAGGACCCAGCUGACGUGCGGCCUAGAGCUCUCCGACUGUCUCCACGGAUUCGAAGGCUGCUCUAUGGUGCCCUCUAUCUACCCGCUGGAGACGCUGCACAACUCUCUCUCUCUGAAGCAGGUGGAGGAGUUCCUCAGCAAAGUGUGUGAGAGCAGCGGGGAGGCCCAGGCCAAAGCCAUGAAAGCACUUUCUGGUUUGUUUGACUCUCAAAGUCAGACGUCUCUCUACAGCCCUCAGCAGCCUCUGUCCUCCUCCGGAUCGGAGGCGUCGCUCCGUCCGCCGGGUCAGCCUCUGUGGCUCGGCAGCAUCCCGUCCAGCGCCGUGUCCAGUGCGGGCCCUUCGUCCCCAACCACCGACAGCUCUGGCCUCGGCCUCAACUUCAGCUUCAGCGAGUAGCUCUGCCUCUCUGAGCGACCAGAGAACCUCGGCGCCGCUGAGCAGGCUGUGCGAAGGACGUGUCAGAGUUUUCUCUCAGAAGCAGCUCUGUUCCCAGCCCUGCUCCAGAACGCACUCAGACUUUGACACGGACUGGAGCCGUUGUUCUCUGAACCGUCCUUCGGUUUGGUGACACAUUUCCACUGAGGAACGCUCUGAGCAUCUCACACCAGCUUUCACACACACAUGUGCCUUUCAUACGUUUUUCAGUGCCGUCGCAUCAAGUGCCUGCUUACUUUUUUUUUUUAUUCCAAAUUUACCAAAUAUGUCGAGCUAAAAAGCUUUAAACAUUUUUUUUUUCUGCUGAUUGUGCCGUCAUUAACAUUUACCCCAGAAGCCGACUGUGGAAGGAACCUCCUGCUGUGUGGAUUUCCCCAGACUGGCAUCUUACACCUCCAUCAGUUUAUGCCUGAACUAGAAAAAGCCUGUUUGCUACUGGAGUUUUAGACCUCUGUCCUUCCAAUCAUGGCUUCGUUUUUAUUUAUUUGUUCUUUUUAACGAAGGUCCAAAUGAUGAGAUUUCAAAUUGAAAGCCAAUCAGAGGUUAUUGUGUGAACUCAUGACGUCAGAUCACAGUGAUAAAUUGUAUUUUUGUCCUCUGUGGGAUUAGUAGUUUCUUCAUAUUGACCAAAAAAGUGUAGGUUUAGAUUUUUAACGUUAUUUUGUUCUUUUUUCAGACACAGAUUUCCUCUGUAAUAUUCACACCACUCUGAUUGUGUUAUUCACUUGUGUGUAUGUGCCGUUUAUUAGAAGCAAACACAUUGGAAAUGUGCCUCUUUUUUUAUAUAUAAAAUCACGUCAGGUAAUCAGAAAACAAUGCAGUGUUGGAAUUGAAGAAACCACUAGAUUAGGGCUAAUCUGACAUCAGAAUUAGGAUUAGUUCGCUUGCUGUAUGCUGCCUCGAUCUGCUGUCCUGCCCAAUCAAAGUCACGUUUUAAUAAUGUAAAUUAUUUUUGGAGCUCAUUUCUAACUGCGCUCAGGUAAAGAACUGAUCCAAAUAAGUUUUGUCGGCGUUAUGCUGACAUAAGGGUCAGUGAGCUGAGGGCUUCAAGCUUUGGAAGGUACUUCAUAUUGUUCUACUGUGUCACGAUUAACGAGGAAAUCAUGAAUUAUGCUUUAUGUUCUGCACAGCUAUCAGCUAUUAAACUAUAAUGAGGUCUCCUGUGGCCUUCGCUCACUUUCUCUGGCUUCUCAUUAGUCGUUAAACGGACAAGUUUUCUCCUGUUAUAUGACGUAGCGUAGCGCUUAGCUGGGUAAAGAAAGAUGGCUGCUUUUUCCUCACGAUAAUACAGAAGAGGAUUAGGGCCACCGAGAGAAAAAAAAACAAGAAUUCUGUCUUUAAAGUCAGAAUUC